ACUGAUAAAUCACGAUCUCUGUUUGUUUCUUUCCCGGCGAUAUUUCCCGAUCCCGAUCAGAUGGCGAAGGAUCCAGUUCGUGUUCUUGUCACUGGAGCUGCAGGACAAAUCGGAUAUGCUCUUGUACCUAUGAUCGCGAGGGGGAUAAUGCUUGGUGCUGACCAGCCUGUGAUCCUCCACAUGCUUGAUAUCCCUCCUGCAGCAGAAGCUCUGAACGGUGUGAAAAUGGAGUUGAUCGAUGCUGCUUUCCCUCUUCUGAAAGGUGUAUUUGAGUUAUCAAAUAGGCUGCGUUUUUUCCCCGUGACAGGUGUGGUUGCUACAACUGAUGCCGUUGAAGGGUGUACCGGUGUCAAUGUCGCCGUCAUGGUGGGCGGAUUCCCGAGAAAAGAAGGAAUGGAGAGGAAAGAUGUGAUGUCGAAGAACGUUUCCAUCUACAAGUCCCAAGCUGCUGCCUUGGAGAAGCACGCUGCACCAAACUGCAAGGUUCUGGUUGUUGCAAACCCUGCAAACACCAACGCGUUGAUCUUGAAGGAAUUCGCACCAUCGAUCCCGGAGAAGAACAUCACUUGCUUGACAAGGCUUGACCACAACAGGGCUUUGGGACAAGUCUCUGAGAGGCUAAGCGUGCCAGUGUCUGAUGUCAAGAACGUGAUCAUCUGGGGAAACCACUCUUCGACCCAAUACCCAGAUGUCAACCACGCUACCGUCAAGACUUCUUCUGGAGAGAAGCCAGUGCGUGAGCUAGUCAAGAACGACGAGUGGUUGAAUGGAGAGUUCAUCACUACCGUUCAACAACGUGGAGCUGCCAUUAUCAAGGCGAGGAAGCUAUCUAGUGCUCUCUCUGCAGCUAGCUCAGCUUGUGACCAUAUCCGUGACUGGGUCCUUGGAACACCCGAGGGCACAUUUGUUUCAAUGGGAGUAUACUCAGAUGGAUCAUACAACGUUCCAUCUGGACUUAUCUACUCUUUCCCCGUAACCUGCCGUAACGGAGAGUGGUCUAUUGUCCAAGGAAAGCAUUUCUUCUUGAAAUCAAAACAUAACAAAAUGUUUUUAAGAACCAGAGAAUGUUCUGAUGUGUGGUGUUGUUUGUUGUUCACAGGUUUACCGAUUGAUGAAGUAUCAAGGAAGAAGAUGGAUUUGACAGCAGAGGAGUUGAAGGAAGAGAAGGACCUUGCUUACUCAUGCCUCUCUUAG